UUGUCAAGAGCGACGAAUGCUAUUGGAGCUCGUCGGCCCCGAACUGCAGUCCAUGUACGAUGAUCGACAAAUCGAAAUUGAAUUUGUCGAUAUGCAUUUUGGUACCGGUUCGCUGGAUAUCACACAACUCGAAAAGGAUCCAUACAUUUUAGAGGAUUAUUUACACGAGAUUGAGACAUGCCAUCAGAAUUCGAAAAGUGUCUUCUUUUUGGCUUUAAUAGGCGACAGCAUUGGUCGGAUGCCAUUACCCACCCACUUGGCGAAGGAGAUCUACGAUAGCAUUGCGACAGAUGGCACUUUAACACACACAGAGCGUCAAUUAUUUGUCAAGUGGUAUUCGGCGGCGACGGCUGUAGCACCAGAGGACUCCACGGCGACUGAAACGUCGGCAGCCUUCAAAGGCAUUCAAUAUCAACUUAAACAGGACUAUCGCAACAUGGUAUUGGAAAAAUGGCACGAAGAAUAUGUGCAACUGCGUGACAUUAUUGAUAAAUGCCUUUUGCGUAUGCUUCGCAAUGGUGCGAUAGGCGGAGGAGCAGGAGGAAAUGCAGCAACAACAACAACAACGCCACUCACAGCCGAUAUGCAACAACAUUUACAAAAGUUAAGGCAAACACAAAUGGAACAGGAAGUGUUAAAAGCAUUGGAUUUGUCAAAUGAAAAAAUAUUGGCCGUCUAUCGGGAAUGGUCAUCGACUCAAUUGUCGGUCAAGGAUGCCGAGAGUGCGGAACGUUUGAGUAAACUUAAAGAUCAGCUGACAAUGAAUUUAUCGACAGAUAAUUAUACAACAUUGGUAGUACCUGGUAAUUGUUGUGAUACUGGCAUUGAUCCCGACAUUGAAGAGCACGAAACCUAUUUGAGUAAAUUUAAGAAUAAAGUCUUCGAUAAGCUGCGACAUCUAAUUGAGGAGCACAUCGCCAAUGAUCCGGAUGUUAUAAAGGGGCGAAAAAAGACUGUACAGGAAAUUUUUCACGAACAUGCCACCCAUUUGCGUAUCCUAAAAGAACAUGAGGAUGCAGGAGCUCUAAUAAAAUCCAGUGUACCCGAACGAUUGAAGAACAAUUUAAUGGCCAAUUUUCGCAAUGGAAGUCGACAUGCACCCUACUUCAUUUACGGCGGACAUGGCAGUGGAAAGAGUGCCAUUAUGACAGCCCUGUAUAGAGAUGUCAAGAAUUGGUUCCAACCCAAUUGCCGGGUGCAUCGCGUGAUACGCUUCGCCUCGGCGACACCACGCUCCGCUUACAAUUUAGAAUUGCUGCGUGUCAUUUGCCAACAAAUCUCAAUUAUUUACAAUAUACCCGAAGGCUAUUUACCCAAAGAUGCUUCAUUCGAUCCGCUCUACAUUAACAAUUGGUUCCAGAAUCUGCUGCGUCGCAUCGAAGAUAUGAAUAAUGAUGUGCUGUUUUUGUUCAUCGAUGAUUUGCAUUUAUUAAACCCCUUGGACUGUGAUAUUGUUGCGGCCCUGUCGUGGUUACCCACCUCGUUGCCGUGGAAUGUUCAGUUGAUAUGCUCAACCACUUUGCCGGUGGAACAGUUGAAAUUCACCCCCAUGCAAAGGGAUCGUUUUAAGUCAAUGGAAUAUCUAUUUGAUUUGGCUGUGGAGGAAAAUCGAACGGAACUUAGGAAGCAAUCGACGGGAGACAAUAAUCUAACAUUUACUCAAUUCAUAGAGCAGCAAUUUGACGAGUUGGAGCAGCGUUAUGGUCGCAAAGGGUUUGCCCGCUUGGCUUCGUAUUUGACACUAUCGGAAUUUGGUUUAUCCGAAACGGAACUAUUGGAACUACUAAUGCCCAUCGAUGAUCCAGAGGCUCAAAUUGAAACGGAGAAGGGAAAUUUUUGUUUUUCUUCGUUCAAAAAGAUACACAAGGAAAUGAGUUUCCUUUUACGUGAUAAAAUAAUGUCCGCCAAAGUUUUAAUCCACUGGCGUUACCCAUACUGCAAAGAGUUGGCCCGCAGCCGCUAUUUGGACGCCAAUACGAUACGCUCAAUGCACAUUGCCAUUGCGAACAUAUUCUUUCCCGCCGAAAAUGAUGAUCAGGAUGAAGAGGAUGAUGAGGACGAUAGUACAGAACGUGAAGGUGACAGCGAUCGACAAUCGUUGGCUAGCCAGACAACAAUUAAAGAUAAAGAUAAUUCAUCGGCGACGGGACGUAAAUCAUCGGCACCUCAUCAUAACGAUGACACUUCGACAUUUUAUAAUCCCAUGGCUGCUGAUGUUUCGUACAGUAUGCGUCACGUCGAAGAGAGUUGGCAUCAUUUAAUGCGUUCCGAUGAUAUGGAUAAAUUUAAGCAGAUAGCUGUGUGUAAUUUUGAUUUCCUCUUAGCAGCGGUGCAAACUGUUUCCAUUAGCUACCUACGGUGUCUAAUAGAACAUGUACGCUGCUAUUUAUUGGAUCGUGAUAUUGAACUUAUCUACUAUACCAUACGCAAGUCAAGUGAUGUGCUGACACGUGACCCCAUGCAAUUGGGAGCCCAGCUAAUAGCCUGGUUAAGGCCAAUCAGUGAACAUGAUGAAAAUGACACAUCACUAUUGAGUAUGACAGUGCGUUCUGCCACAGCCUGGUGUGAUGGUUAUACGGUGCCAUUAUUGGUGCCGCUAACGGGUUGGCUGCCCGCACCACUGCCAUCGCAAAUACGCACAAUGACGGUGUCCGGAACGGGACCGAUACGUGACAUCUGUGUAGCACCAACCAAACAGCAUCUAAUUUUGGCCACCAAAUCCGGUGAUGUCCAAUUGUGGCACAUUAUGAGCAAUUCAUUGGAUCACAUAUUUAAAGGUCAUACAGCGGCGGUCACGUGCCUGCUGGUAGCACCACAAUCAGAACUAUUAUUGACCGGUUCCGAAGAUGGCACUGUGAUUGUAUGGAACGUGACAAGCCGUGAAUUGAAAACUCACAUUAAAUCCAAUACUUCGAUUGUUACAAGUGUAGCUGCUGGUGUUAAUAACACAAUGGUCAUCAAUGGCAGUGAGGAUUCGACCAUUGUUAUAUCGGAUAUCAAUAGUGGAAAAUUGGUAUUUCUAUUGGCCCAUUGUGAUGACAAUGGUCUGUAUGUCAGGACAUUGGCCACUGGCAAGGAACUCUACACCCUAAAGGGUCAUAAAUCUAGGAUACGCACAAUUUCCAUAGCCCGUGAUAGCCAACGAGCCGUAGUCGGCUGUGAAGAUACCCGAGCCUUGAUCUACGACAUGCAUUCUGGCCGCUUAAUACGUUCCAUGCCACCCAAUCCCGGUCCCGUAACCGCCCUCUAUGCCAUGGAUAAUGAUGACUUCCUGAUUACUGUGGGUGGCAAUAAAAUUACAUUCUAUUCGUUCCGCAACGAAGAACUCUAUGUCCAUCCCUAUUCCCACAAUCAGAAACGAAAGAGGUCCCUUAAGCGGACCACCCAAACACAGAGAUCUCCCUCGACGACAUUACCACCCAUUACCUGUUUUGAUGUGUCGCGUGAUUCCCAACUGGUGGCCAUUGCCUCCGGACGUCAUGUCCACCUCAUGCAAAUAAAUACCCCCGAAUAUCAGACCACCUAUGAUGGGCAUGCUGCACCCGUAACCUGUCUCAUGUUUGCCCCGAAUGGUGAAUACCUAGCCACCGGUUCCGAUGAUCGUAUGGUUCAUGUUUGGAGUGUGGCAAGUGGUUCCAUAUCGAAUACCUUUAAAGGCCACGUGGCGCCCAUUUGCAGUGUAGUGGUCCUCAUGGAUUCACGACGGAUAAUGUCCUCUGACCGUGAUGGUUUAAUAUAUGUCUGGAUGUCCGACGGUGGUAAUUUAUUACAGACUAUCCAAGGACCCUAUAAAUUCCUGGCCGCCACAAAUAACAUGAAAUUUGCCGUAUCCACAAAUGGUGAUAAUACCCUGAAAAUCUGGUCGCUCACCCGGGAAGAUGAAAAAUAUUCGGUAUCACAUUCCGAUGAAAUAACCUGCUUUACCAUAACAGCUGAUAGUCUGUAUAUUAUAACCGGAUCGAGGGAUAUGUCACUGAAGGUCUGGCAGGCAACAGGAGGUAAAUUGGCUCAGGUAUUAGUGGGUCAUUCGGAUGCUGUAACCUGUGUGGCCGUCUCCGUGACAAAUAAAACACAAGUCACUUCGGGAUCUAAGGAUACAAAUUUAAUUAUUUGGGAUUUGCAUACGGGUGAGGAGAUCCACACGUUGGCUGGUCAUUUGGCACCGGUAAUUGGUGUUAAAGUCUCGGCGGAUGGUUCCACCGCCGUCUCGGGUAGUGAUGACAAAACACUGAUUGUUUGGGAAACCAAGCGGGGUUUGGCCCUGACAUCGCUGCAGUUACAUGUUCCCUUCCCACGUUUUGAUAUUAGCAUGGAUUGUUCGAGAAUAUUGGUCCAGCUGGUGGAUAGUUUCAAUUUACCCGUCAUAUGCCUGCACAAUACCCCAGCCCAGUAUAUUAAAUUGCCAACCUAUUCAGCGCCUGCUAGAGAUGUGGAAGAUUUACGACCCCAAGGUCCCAAACGUCAAAUGAAACGUCUGCUCAAGAAGGAAGUCUCCUUGGACACCUAUACCUGGCAGAAGAAAUACGGCCAUUUGACGGCAUCGGUUAUGAUGGCCCAGGUGGAUGAGCGGCUAAAGCGACGUUUCUCCGUAUCCGCCAGUAUGGAAGAGAUCUCCAAAAUCGCUGAAAUGAAAACGAUAACAUCACAAACCAAUUUGGGUCCAGAACAGGCUGCCCUGGCCCAAUCCCAGCACUUCGAUCAAUUAGAGGCUUUGUGGAAUAAACGAUCGCCGCCACGAAGAAGACACAAUGCGGGUCUUUCGAGACAGACAUCAUUGGUCGAGGAUCGUCUGGAAAGUUCGGAUGAUGAUGAUUAUCAUGAUGAGCGCACAGCUGUGCAUUCUAAAACCAGCUCCCGCAGUUCUUUGCAACAACCGAUUACCUAAAUUAAUGGCACCUGCAAUUUUUCCAU